AGCCAGUCUCUGACGUCACCGGAGGCGGCGGCGGCGGCGGCGGCUCGGUGCGGCGGACCCGACCGGCCGGCAGUUACCGCCGCUGCGCCGACCCGACAGGAGCCUAGACGGAGAGUGGUACGACACAAACAGUCGGUGAUUGUAUUCACACAGAGUCCGCGCCGCCCAAGAUGAAUCUGCUGGUGGUUGUGACCGCCCUGUUGGCGAUGGUGGUCGGAAGCCACGCCCAGUGCCUCACCAGCGACGACACGCAGACAAACGUCACCAACGCGCAGGCCAUCUACAUCAGCGGCUCGCACGACUUUGCCAUGCGGCUGUUCCAGAGACUGCACUCCUCAGCGCUGGCAGAGGACCGUAACGUGUUCUACUCGCCACACUCGCUGUGGUGCGCCCUGUCGCUGGCCUAUUUCGGCGCCGAGGGCGACACCCUGCUGGCCAUGGAGGAGGCCAUGGGGCUGACCAACCUCACCAAGGUGGACGUGAUGCGCGCCUUCCGCUUCAUCCACUUCUGGCAGGACAUCCGCAAAAUGGACGACAAGAAGACCGACAAGAACACGCUGCGUGUCGCCAACAGGCUGUACUUUGACAAGACUGAGGAGGUGAAGGAAUGUAUGACGGAGCUCUUCCACGACGAACUGGAGAUGCUCGACUUCAGAAAGCACAGCGAGGAGGCUCGCCAGUCUAUCAACCAGUGGGUGGAGACCCAGACGGCCAACCGGAUCAGGAACCUGAUCCCGGCCGGCGCCGUGGACGCCAGCACGCGCAUGGUCCUGGCGAACGCUGCCUACUUCAAGGGCACGUGGUACUCGCAGUUCAAGCCGGAGAAGACCAAGCUGGGCCUGUUCUACUCGUCCAAGGAGCAAUUCACCUUUGUCAACUACAUGACGCAGAGCGGCGCCUUCAACUUCGGUGUCUCUGAGGAGCUGCAGGCGCACGUCCUGGAGCUGCCCUACCUGGGCGAACAGAUCAGCAUGUUCCUGCUGCUGCCGCCGUUCCGCGACGGCGCGCUCAACCACACCGUCUCCAGGCUGACGCCGCAGGUGUUCCGCAACGCCAUCGAAAUGCUGUGGCAGGUGGACAUCAAGAACGUCACCGUGCCCAAGUUCCGCAUCGAGGAGAACUACGAUAUGAGCGACGAGCUGUCUGAGCUCGGCUUCGAGAGCCUGUUCAACGCGUCGGCGGCUAACCUGAACGGCUUCUCCAAGUCGGGUAACCUGGUGCUGGGCAGCGCGCUGCACAAGACCUUCCUCGAGGUGAACGAGGAGGGAGCCGAGGCGGCCGCUGCCACGGCGCUCAUCACCAUGCGCACCAGCCGGCCCGUCAGCCCGCGGGCCUUCAUCUGCGACCACCCCUUCAUGUACGUCAUCUACGACAAGAUGAUGCACACCAUGCUGUUCAUGGGCACCUUCGAGUACCCCAAGGCGGCGGCGCUGUCACUCGACAAGAAGGUCUGAGCGCUGUGCGGGGUUUGAGAGGGAGGGGACAGACGGGUCGGGGGGGGGGGGCGGUGGGGAUAGGAGGGCCGUCACGUGAGGGUAGGCGGGGCCGGGGAGGGUUAUCUCCGUGUCACGGUCACACUACUUAGAGACGCGGCGUCAGCUGGUGUCCGGGGUCACCAGAGCGGUGCCGGUACAGCCUCAGCUGAACAACCCCGCCCGGAAGGUGGCGCCCCGACCGAGCCGCGCCCGGCUAAGGUCGGCUGUUUUUGUCGACCGACCCCGGUCCCCGAACAGACUGAGAUGUCCGGGGCCGGGACCAGAGUCGCCGCGGCCGAGCCCCGUUUUUAUUUGUGUGUCAAGGUUCACCGAGUGUGGACUGAUCUGGCGGCGAGUGUGAGUGUUUGUGUGUCUGGAUGUACAUACGUCUGUGCUUAUGUGGAGCGUUCCGCCCUCGACAUUACAUUUCCAAUGCGAGAUCUGAUAUACAUUCACGUUAUGUAAAGUGCUCGAUACACAAAACAGGGUGUUCAGUCUAAAUGUUUUUAUUAUGCUUUCACAUAUACGAUCUGACAAGCAGUUUCGCUGGGUAUGAAUAUUUCAGUGACUAUUCGAAAAUAUAUCUGACAAUAAAGUCAUCCACUAUCCA